GCGGCGCAUGCGCGGGGCGGGGCCGCGCGCGAGGCCGGUAGCCGCCCUCCCCGCUGCUCGCCCGCCACCGCCGCCGCCUCCGCCAUGGCUCUGCUGCAGUCCCGCCGGCUCCUCGCCGCGCCGCGCCUCGCCACCGCCGCCGCCCGGGCCAGCUCAUGGUGGUCUCACGUGGAAAUGGGUCCCCCCGACCCUAUCCUGGGGGUGACGGAAGCUUUCAAGCGCGACACCAACUCCAAGAAGAUGAACCUGGGUGUGGGGGCAUACCGAGAUGACAAUGGGAAGCCGUAUGUCCUGAACUGCGUUCGCAAGGCAGAGGCCCAGAUAGCAUCUAAGAAGAUGGACAAGGAGUACUUGCCCAUUGCAGGGCUAGCAGAUUUCACCAGGGCAUCAGCAGAACUGGCGUUGGGUGAAAACAGUGAGGCUUUCAAGAGUGGCCGGUAUGUCACUGUACAGGGUAUUUCCGGGACUGGAUCUCUGCGAAUUGGAGCCAAUUUUUUGCAACGGUUCUUCAAGUCUAGUCGUGACGUAUAUCUGCCCAAACCAUCCUGGGGCAAUCACACACCCAUUUUCCGUGAUGCUGGCCUGCAGCUUCAGUCUUACCGCUACUACGACCCCAAGACAUGCAGCCUUGACUUCUCUGGAGCCAUGGAUGACAUUUCUAAAAUUCCAGAGAAGAGCAUCAUCCUCUUGCAUGCCUGUGCUCACAACCCCACCGGGGUGGAUCCCCGGCAGGAGCAAUGGAAGGAGUUGGCUGCUGCGGUGAAGAAACGGAACCUCCUCGUGUACUUUGACAUGGCCUACCAGGGCUUUGCCAGCGGGGACAUCAACCGGGAUGCCUGGGCUGUGCGGCACUUCAUCGAGCAGGGCAUCAACAUCUUGUUGGCACAGUCCUACGCCAAGAACAUGGGGCUGUACGGGGAGCGUGUGGGUGCCUUCACGGUGAUCUGCAGUGAUGCAGAGGAAGCCAAGAGGGUCGAGUCACAGCUGAAGAUCCUCAUCCGUCCCAUGUAUUCCAACCCGCCCAUAAACGGAGCCCGCAUCGCCUCUCUCAUCCUGAACAGCCCUGACCUGCGGAAGGAGUGGCUGGUGGAGGUGAAGAGCAUGGCUGACCGGAUCAUCGGCAUGCGAACUCAGCUGGUGUCCAACCUCAAGAAAGAGGGAUCCUCCCACAACUGGCAGCACAUCACCGACCAGAUUGGCAUGUUCUGCUUCACAGGGCUGAAGCCUGAGCAGGUGGAGCGGCUGACCAAGGAGUUCUCCAUCUACAUGACAAAGGACGGCCGAAUCUCUGUAGCGGGAGUUACGUCGGGCAAUGUGGGCUACUUGGCUCACGCCAUCCAUCAAGUCACCAAGUAAAGACAAAGGUGUGCCCUGGAGCUGUUGGCCUUCCCUUCCUCAGUCUCAUGCUGCUGCUGGAAGAAUGGGAGGGGAAGGAAGCAAGCAGAAUACUUCCAACCACAGCACUUAACGCCGCUGCUGAAUGUAUCUUGUAGAUGAAUUGUUGUAGAGGCCUAGUCAAAAUCACCCUACAUUGCUGAGCAGGGGCACCAUUGUUGGCUUCUACUCCCAUCAGAACCAUUCUCCCCUGCAGUUCAUCCUUUCUCCGUCUGCCCCAGCACCCCUAUACAUUGGAGGAAGCAAAUGGUUAGCAACCUGCCAUCCUACCAGCGUAGGCACAAGUGCGUCCCCACACUCGUUUCUCCAUGAGAAGGCUUUGUAAGGCUGUUUGCUGCUUGCUGGCAGUAGCAGUGGAGGGGCAGCUGGGUGGGCUGAGUGGGAGGGCUGCUCAGGUACGCUCCUGCAACCUCCCCAGCCUGUCCCUGCUGCCUGCAGGCUCCGUCCUCCUUCCCCUGUCUGCAGCUGGGCUUUGGACUAGCCAAGGGCCAGGCAGCACUGAAGCUGCCAUCUGAGAACCAGCACAAAGGCUUGAGGACUUCUCGCUACUGAAAUCCGCUGCAUUGUUGGCUUAGCUCUCUCCAGCUGGGAGGUGCCUCUCAGGCGUAAUUCACAGUGGUGUUGGUACGUAAGGCAGGUCACUGUCACUUCUCUAAACCUGCCUGGUUCUCCUGGCUUCACUUCCGUACUCUGAGGUGAAACCUCAAUAAGAACAUACUCUGAAAACUACUGUUUGUUGGUUUCUGCCUCUCCCAGUUCCUGUACCAACCCCAACAGCCCGGCCCUGUUCCCUGAUCCUGUCAGCCCUCCCUGCAAAGAAGAGUCUGUCUGUGUUUGUCCCAAAGCUAUGAGCCAAGACACGGGGCCAGCCAUGUGCACCCUCACACCAGGGUGCCAUGGUGUCCUCCUCUUGUCUGCUCUGUCCAGCCAGGCUUCUGGUGCUGUUAGAAAGCAGGAGGGAAAGGUCUCAAGGGAAGUCUGCGAGCUGGUGACUCAGAAAACAUUCUCUCAUUUUAAACUGAGAUUGAGAGGAUGGGAAGCCCUUCUAGGGCAGACCUGGACUCUGAUCUUUCAUCCAAAGUAAGCUGACACAUGGCUUUGUUGAGCUGGGGCCUUCCUCCCAUGAUAGCACCGCUGGAUCCUGUCCUUUCCGGGUACCAAACAUUCCCUCUCAGGGACGUGGCAGCACAGGGGAUCUCGUUAUGGCCAGUGAAACCCUGUCUUCUGAGGGUCCUCCGUAGAGAGAGGGCAGUUGCCACCCACCCUUUGUCCCGAACACACCAGGGCAUGCGGACGGACCUGUUCAAGGUGGGAGUCAAGUUCAUGCAGCUAAAAUUGCAGCCUAGUCCAUUGAACAUAGCUGUUGCUUUUUUUUUCCUGGGGAGAGUGCAAGUGCCCAAAGGCUGCCUGCCCUGUGCCCAGCCGCUGAGGCAAGAUGGAGUUUCUCCUUGCAGCAAGCAAAGGUUGUUCCCUAGGCAGACACCAAGGCGUAUCUUUGCAGCUGAACGAGCUUUCUCCAUCCUGUGGCUCUGCUCUCCCAACUGACGCCUUUCUCCUUUGCAGUUGUACCAGGACAUUUAGCAGAGCCGUCCUUGGUUUUCAUUCAUUACCAGUGCAAACCUGUACCCUCAGAGCUGGGAUGGGUCUGUCUAGCAUAUGCUGUCACCGUGCUUUCUGGCAGAGGAGCUGCUUACACCAGCCUCGGAGGGCUGCAGCCUCCCGCUGCCCCAGAGCAGACCGUUUGCACUUUAACUGCAAUGAUUGUUUACAGGGCCCGAUGCCUACAGCCUCUGCCUCUCUCCGAGUUGUGCAAUAACCGCUUUCCGUGCUGCCACGCUCGGUGCUGCCCCAUCGUGCUGUAGGACGGUGGGUUGUUGUGCUGUGGUCCUGCGUUCUGCGUUGCUCCAGAGCCUGCCUUCCCCUGUCCCCCCGGUUUCAGAGAGCCCUUUUACCCCGUGUAAUCAUUAGGCCUUUCUGCAGCCUGUUCUCCGUUACAAUAAAAAUAGAGCUGGAGCACA